CAUCUUGUCUCCCUCUCCUUACCUGCGUCCUCGGGGGCGUGCGCACCACCCCCCCUCCCGCCGAGGAGGGGGGAGGGCCCCCUCUUGGCCACCGCCUUCGCGGACUUUAAACUCCCCUGGAGACUGCGGCUACUGCGACCGCCUUGUCUGCACUGCCUCUUCUCGCAGCACACAGAUGCGGACGGUGGGUGGGAAAAAGGGCAGACGCUACUCCCAGCGAACCGCCGCCGCCGCUCCCGAGGCCUCACCAAAAUGGCCGCCGCCGUCUCGGCCGCCACCACCAGCACCACCACCGCCGCCACUCGCUCGGAAUCGCUACCGCCGGCGCGGCCCGUCUUCUCGCGAGAGACAAUCACCCAGUAAGCUGCAGCAAGUUAGCAGUGGAACCUGGGCCUCCCGAUUCCCAUGGCAGCCCACUUCUGUAGCGCUGCUUCGUUUUCCGCGAGGAUGGUUUCCUGAUAGCUUUCAAACACCUUUGCCAUCUGUUCGCAAACUUUCUAGGUUAAGAAUCCCUUUGAGAAUCUGAUACCUUUACCCCAGAACAGAACAAUAAAUAACAGCUACCUUCUACUGACA